AUGAGUUCCGCUACGCCUGCCAAGCUCGCCAAGCUGUUCAUCGGCAUCGUCUCAUUGGGGAAGAAGAAAAAGCGGCCGAACGCGACAAAGUGCUCGGAGUCCAACUACAUUGGCUACGUCGACGCCGACACGGACGUCAAACCCCCUCCCCCGGCCACGCGAAAGCCCUCCCGAAAUCCACAAAAUACAGGGCAACCCGGCGGCAAGGAUGCCAAACCGGGAGAGACGACGGGACCGGUGGGCGACUCCGUUACGCCGGAGGAGAAGCAGGAACCGCUGAAAUACGUGCUGAUCGGUCUGCCCCUCCUGAUCCUGCUCAUCAUCGCGACGUGCGUGGCCAUCUACUGUUGGCUGAAGAAGCGGAAGCCGCCCGUCAAUGCCAAGACGCCCAAGACACCAAACUCGACCACCUCCAACUCGAAGAGUCCCGGUGCGCCGCCCUCGAAAACCCGC